GGUUUCCUCUUCUUAAAUCAACAAAUUCCGACGGUAAUCAACCAAAUAUUGCCUACGUGUGCAAAUGUUUCUUUGUGAUUCUCUCCGAUGCACUCCUUCCUGAUUAGGUAGAGGCGGGAUUGCGUGGCGACCAAAUGACAAACACCUUAAGUCAGAAUUGGUUUCUCUCAGCGACUGAAUCUGAAUCUCUUUUCCCAGGUCAAAUCUGCUCUUCUCACACAUCACAUUAUCAUUUCUCAAUUCAACACAUUUCCCAAUUGUUUGUCUUGGGUACCAGCAUAGUCUACUCUUCAAACCCAUUUGAAAAUCAAACCCCUUCAACAGUAGGAACGUAGGGCAAGGUAGGUAGGUAGGUACCUAGUCUAGUUACCAACCUAGUUACAAGGUAGCCCACUCACUACCUCAAGUUGCAGGCUUGCCUAGGCAGUGAGACAGAAAAUCGCAUUUCACAUCAACGACGCCACGCAUAUCCAGAACUUUCACCAUGGACGUCCAUCUUUUAAUUUAUGACCUCUCAAGAGGCAUGGCGCGGCAAAUGUCGGCCGGCCUGCUAGGCUUCCAACUGGACGCCAUUUACCAUACAUCAAUUCAGCUCAACGGCCUCGAGUACGUCUAUGACGGCGGCAUCGUCGCCAUCCGGCCGGGAUCGUCGCACCUCGGUCAGCCCCUAGAAACGCAGCUACUGGGACAGACUCACCUCCCGAUGGACGUUGUCGAGACCUACCUUGACUCGAUGCGCUCCGUCUACACAGCCGAGGCCUACGACCUCUGGAAGCACAACUGCAACAACUUCUCAAAUGACUUUGCCACCUUUCUACUGGGCCACGGCAUCCCGGACAAGAUUCUGAACAUGCCAUCAGAAGUCCUCGAGUCGCCGCUCGGCCGCAUGCUGAUGCCCGCCCUCGAUCAGCAGGUCCGGGUAAACAGGCAGCAAAACGGCGGCGGCAUGCUCGGCAUCGGGCAGAACGGGAGCAGUGGUGCUGCACAGCAUACAAGCUCACAGGCCCGGGCAUCCAGCCACCGAGUCCGCCAGGCUUCAAACCUCAGAGACCUGGAUUCCCUGAUGGCACAAGCCCGAAGCUCAUGUGCCGUCGUCUUCUUCACAUCUGCUACCUGCCCGCCAUGCAAGAUGCUGUACCCAAUGUACGAGGAUCUGGCCGAGGAAGUGGGUGAUAAGGGCUUUGUCAUCAAGACGGACAUAUCCGUGGCUCGAGACGUCGCUGCCAAGUAUGGGAUCACCGCCACGCCGACUUUUAUUACUUUUCUCAGGGGCGACCAGGAAAACAGGUGGAUGGACGCCGACGCCGGCGCCCUCAGGGGCAACGUCCGUUUGCUCGUCCAGAUGGCGUGGCCGCCGCACCCACACCAGAGCAUCCGGCUGCCGACAAUAGGAAAGACUGAACCUAAUCCUGUGCUCUUCACCAAGGCGCCACCUCUGCCGAAACUCACAGCGAAGAUGGGAGACAAGGUUGCUAAGGAUCCCGCUGUGGAGAGCGUUAUUGGCUUCAUCAUGGGGAGGAAUUCCGACGGUGCCGCACAGGCUCACCUGCCAGACGUCUCGGCAUUCUCAUCUUUCCUCGAGAGUUCGAUCAAGACCUUGGAACCGGAAGUGCUCUUCCCCCUGGUGGACGUGUUUCGCUGCGCACUGAUCGACCCGAGAUUCAGCGGCUGCUUCGCCGAGGAAAAAGACCACAAGACCAUUGUCACGCUGCUGAGCCACGUCAACGAGCUGCCGUCCUGUCCAUACCCGCUUAGGCUCGUCACCCUUCAAGCGACUGCCAAUUUGUUCUCCAGCUCGCUCUACUGGGACCCGAUCCUGCGGCAUGACGGGCUUAGGUCCCAAGUGAUCCGGCUAGUAUCGUCCAGCUUCCUCGACGAGGUCCACUCAAGCGUGCGUGUCGCGGCGGCCUCGGUUCUCUUCAACGUGGCCGUGGUCAACGGCAGGGCGCGCAGAAAAGGGGCAUCGGCACCGGGCUCCACUGGCAUCAAUAGCCCCGGUGACGUCCUGCCCGACGAGGACCAGGUUGAGGUGGCAGCGUCUCUGGUGGAAGCGAUAUCCCAGGAGAAUGAGUCCAAGGAGGGCCUUGAGGGCAUGCUCCUGGCGUUGGGGCAUUUGAUAUACUGCCUACCCCUCGAUGGUGAGCUGGCAGACCUGAUCAAGACGUUGGAUGCGAGGAGGACGGUGCUGGGCAAGAAGGAGGAUUUUAAAGACAUGCCGCUCAUUGACGAGGUCGGUUCGGUGCUGUUAGGAAGUCUCAAAUGAAUAGACCAUUCUAGAAGCUUUGGAUAGACUAGUGAACUUUUAUAACCCAUUUUUACACCACACUCCACUGUGGUCUUCAAUAUACCGGUUCGCUUAGC